UAUCCUCUUUAUUUCAGAAUACAUGCGCCGUUUCUUUUCCCCAAAAAUGAAAACCCUCGUUUCCUCAAACUUUAGUCUCAAACAUUGUUCUCUCAAACCCUAGAACAUCAAAACUUAUAGAAAUCACGACUUUAUGUUGUGCAGGGCAUCACAAAGUGCGCUCCCUCAUGAUUAAUCUAAAUCUGUUUCUAGUUUUGCUUCUGGUUUAGAGAAUAUUGGGCAUGUUAGGGAAGAACUUGCGGCGAUUUAUGCUGAAACUAGAGUAUAAUGGUUUGUUGCAUAGCAGGUGUUUGUUUUUACGCUUCAAAUAAAAUCUGUUUAUGUUUCUUGUUCAUUUCUUGAAAUUUUUUUAGCAUAAAUGGACGAGAAUGAAUAUUUUUACUCUUUUUUUGUUGUUGUGUGUAUUCUUGUUUUUCCAGGCUUGCUUCAGGAGAAAUGUGACAAAGGUUUUGAGAUCUGCUUUCAGAUUUGUGUUUAUGGGUUGUAACACAUUAAUUACAGAGGUUACAACUGUGAUUUGUGGGCCCAAAGAAUUAAAAUCACUUGUGCAUAUUUUGGGACAACUUGACUUUGUGAAACAUUUGAUAUGUAUUGACAAUGAUCUCCCAUAUGAUGCCUCAUCUGCUCAGCAUGGAUGGAAACUCACUUCCUUUUUUGAUGUUGAGAGGCUUGGUAGAGAAAACCCUGUUGCCGCUGAUUUACCCCUUUCAGCUGAUGUUCCAAUUAUAAUGUAUACAAGUGGAAGUACAUGCUUGCCUAAGGGCCUGAAGGGGGAUGUGAUUAGUGAUCUAGUUGACCAAUUCUAUUCUUACCAGAAAUGGGUCAUGCUUCUUGUGAGCAAUAUUCUGUUGUGUGGGUGCUUCAUUUUGCAUUAGCUGCUGCUGUGUAACAAGUUGACGUUUCUUGUUAUUCAAUGCCAUGGUUAUGGCGGUGAAGCAACCCUAAUGUUAAAUGGGGAAAGUUGUUUCAGGAUCUGGUCUUUUUGUAAAGAUCUUUCACCAGCAAUUGGUUAGGAUAAAUUCUCCAGCUUUCUCUUUAUAUUAUUUUCACUACACAAACAACACCAACUAACAAUCUUCCUCUCUAGACCAACUAAAGUUAAGAGUAUCAUUUUUAGGUAAUUUUAUUGCCAAAUCAUGAUUCUUGUUCAUUCUAUAUAAUUGAUUAAUUUUUAUUUCUUGUGUUGGUGUUAUUUAUUUAUUAUUUUGUUCAUUUUAUGUCAAAAUCCAUUGCAUAGAUAGAAGCAAUUGCUUCCGAACAGUAUUGCUUGUUUUACUACAAUGUCGGUGAUACUCAACGACCGCUUUGUACAGGUUGAAUAAUAUUCUUUUAUAAAGAAAAGUCAUUGGUAUUGCAUGUGUAUAAUAUAAUGUACUAUCCAUUCUUAGCAUGUUUUCAACACUUGAUAUUUUAUUCAAUCAUUGAUUAGUCAUGCUAGUGUAAUAAUAGUAUACAAGGAAUGUUACUUUAAGUCCAUAUAAUUUUCUAAACCUCCAAGCCUGUCUGAAGUUGAAUUAUGUACUGAAUUUAUUCAAGCGUAUGCACUUGUAUGUAGGAGCAAGGCGGUUCGAGAACUUUAAGUAAGGAAAUAUCUUGCAUUUUUUGGUUGUACAUAGACGAUACCAUUACAAGUCAUCAGAUAAACGUGAUUCAGUUUUUCAAGUUACUAAAAUUUUGCAAGAGGAUCCCAACAUGAACUAUGUGCUGCCCAAAAUUGACUGCAAUAUUUCAGGUUACUAAAGUUUUGCUAGAGGAUCCCAACAUGAACUCUGUGCUUCUCUAGACUCACUGCAAUGUUUCAAGUUACUCAAGUUUUGCAAAAGGAUCCCAACAGGAGCCAUAUAAAGUUAUAUCAUGUUGCUAUAUUAAAUCAGUAUUUUUUACCAUGAAAUUUUGAAUUCUGAGUUUUGAUAUAUGUUAAGUUAUGUUUUAGGUCAAUUCUGAAUUUUGAUGUAUGUUAACUAAUGUUUGUCUUUAUUUAUUGAAUUUUGGAGAUCACAUGUUUCAGUUAAAUAAGUUCAUAUAUUAAAUUUAUUAUCUAUUUGACAGUGCAAU